UACGAUGUUAUUUGUAAAAUGACAAGUAGGAGCGGCUGAACAAUGGCGUUUAAUUUUUCGGCAUUUUCUUAUAUUAUAGCAUUAAUAGUAGAUGCUUUUCUUAUAUUUUUUUCCUUAUUCCACGUUAUAGCUUUCGAUGAGUUGAAAACAGAUUAUAAAAAUCCGAUCGAUCAAUGUAAUAGUUUGAACCCAUUGGUUCUGCCGGAGUAUUUACUGCAUCUACUAUUCAACUUCUUAUUCGCUUGUUCUGGGGAAUGGUUUUCUCUCAUGUUGAACAUACCUCUGUUGGCUUAUCAUGUCAACCGAUAUAGAACUAGGCCGGUGAUGUCAGGACCAGGAUUGUACGAUCCAACUAGCAUAAUGAAUGCUGAUGUCCUUACCAAAUGUCAAAGAGAGGGCUGGAUAAAGUUGGCCUUUUAUUUAUUAUCAUUUUUCUAUUAUCUAUAUGGGUAUGUAAUAUCAUUGGAAAGGGAACCUGAAAUAACGUGAUAGUUUUGUUUUUGUGUAUUAUUGAAUCAAAUUUAAUGGACAAUUUUUAUUCCAAUUUUUAAGUAAGUGUUUUGCAAUGUACUUAUAGGAUUUUAGUUAAUCAUCUACUAUUUCCCAAGAAAAUAUUAUUUUCGUAAGUUUCCACUAACUUGAGUUUCUAAUGAACUGUAUUUGAUGUAUGAAAUCUGAGGAAAAGAUUCAAAUAUUAAUUAUAGACUGAAAUGCUUUAUAUGGAAUCUAUGAUAUUAGCAAUCUACAUAGUUAUUGUUUCAACAAUGAAAGUUAUCUUUAUAAUGGAUAUAGAAAAAUAUUUCCAAUUGUUUAUAGGGCAUAUAUUUUGUCGUGUAGUGGUAUCUACCACUACUUAUUUAGUGAUUCUUUUGGCAUUUUUUACCUGAAGAUGAUAUAUUUUGAGAGCUCUGUUUAGAAACCGAAGUCCCUAAUACUAGUCUUUGUUCCAGAAUGAUAUACUCUUUAAUAUCAGCCUGAAAAAUCCAGCUGAAGGUGAGGUAAAUUUCAAAAAGACAAAUUGGAGGAUUUCGGUUUUUAAAAGCUAAAUAGUCCAGAAAAUUUUCAAUGGAAGUGAACAUAAAAACCGAAUCCAGUGUUGCAGUACUAUUACCAGUUUUGUUGUUUUUUUUUUUCGAACAAAUAUGAAAUUGGGUAUACGUUUUAAUUUGUUUCCUUUACAAAUAAUUUGAGUAUCCAACUGUAAGUUUAAACAAUAAAAUUUGUUGUUUGUACAGCCA